AUGAGCCUCUCCGACCUGCGCCUCGAGGAGGUCCGGCGGGCCUGGGACGCGGCGGGCCAGGGGCACGUCCUCGCCCACGCGGCGUCCCUCGCGCCCGCCGAGCGCGACGCCCUCGUCGCCCAGCUCCAGACCAUCGACCCGUUUGCGGCGACGGCGGCCUUCGCGCGCGCGACGGCGGCGCCGCCGGCGGCCGCGCCGCGCGAGGCGCUCGCGCCGCUCCCGGACGUGCCCGCGCUCGCGGGCCACCCGGAGCGCGCCGCGUGGCGCGCGCGGGGCCUCGCGGCCGUGCGGGCCGGCGAGGUCGCCGUGCUGCUCCUCGCGGGCGGCCAGGGCAGCCGCCUGGGCUUCGACGGGCCCAAGGGCUGCUACGACGUGGGCCUGCCGUCGCGGAAGUCGCUCUUCCGGCUCCAGGGCGAGCGGCUCAGGAAGCUCGAGGCGCUCGCGGGCGCGGCGAAACCCGUGCCCUGGUACGUGAUGACGUCCGCCGCGACGGACGCGGCGACGCGCGCCUACUUCGCGCGGGAACACUACUUCGGCCUCCGCGCGGACCAGUGCUUCUUCUUCGCGCAGGGCGCGCUGCCGGCCUUCGACGCGGCCGGCAAGGUCCUGCUCGAGACGCCGUCGCGGGUCUGCGUCGCGCCCGACGGCAACGGCGGCGUCUACGGCGCGCUCGCAGCGUCCGGCGCGCUCGCGGACAUGGAGCGGCGCGGCGUCGCGUACGUGAGCCAGUACUGCGUCGACAACGCGCUCGUCAAGGUCGGCGACCCGGAGUUCGUCGGCUUCGCCGCGGCGGAGCGCGCGGACGUCGCGUGCAAGGUCGUCCGCCGCGUCGACGCCGGGGAGAGGGUCGGCGUCGUCGCGCUCCGGGGCGGCCGGCCGGGCGUCGUCGAGUACUCGGAGCUCGACGCCGCCGACGCCGCGCGCGUCGACGGCGCCGGCGCGCUCGUCUUCCGCGACGCGCACGUCUGCGUCAACUGCUUCGCCGUCGCGUUCCUCGCGCGCGCGGCGGAAACGCUCGUCGACGCGCUGCCGCUCCACGUCGCGCGCAAGGCCAUCGCCCACUACGACGGCGCGCGCGUCGCGGCGCCGGCGGCGCCGAACGGCGUCAAGCUCGAGCGCUUCAUCUUCGACGCGUUCCCGCACGCGGCGCGGUUCCGGUGCCUCGAGGGCGACCGCGCCGCGGACUUCGCGCCCGUGAAGAACGCGCCGGGGAACGCCGACUCGCCGGACACGGCGCGCGCGCUCGCCGCGCACCGCGCGUGGCUCGAGGCCGCGGGCGCGACCGUCGACGGCGCGGGGCCCGUCGAGGUCGACGCGGCGCUCUCCUACGACGGCGAGGGGCUCGAGGCCUUCGCGGGCGUCGCCGUCGAGGCCGGACUCGUCCAGGCGGAGCACGCGCGCGGCGCGGGCGGCCGACUCGCGAACCUCGCCACCUCUCACGACCCCUCUGCUCGCACAUAG